AUGAGUUGUACAGAAUUUUCACAAGCAUUGGAAAAUCAAGCACCUUCAGUUCAACUUGGUCCCAUUCCAAGGCGUUCGGAGAGGUCACACAGCUUUGUUCAAGGAAAACAUAAUUCAUUGGACUCAAAAAUCGAACAUCAUGUACAAAGGAAAUGUCCUCUGCCUUCUGUACCUCAAAUAAAUACAAAUACUGUCUCAAAUUCGGAUAGUUUGUCAUCAACUUCAUCAUAUGUCAGUAGUGAUCAGUUUGUUAAUGAUUUCCUCAAUAGCCCUAGGCCAGAAAUCAAGAGAAGAAGAAAACGAUUAUCGAGUAUCUCUUUGGAAUCUCCUCCACCCGACAUCCUCACAUAG